AUGGCGACGCAGGUGUUGAUUGCCCACACGGGCCAGCGCCUGCAGGUGGAUACGACACAGUUCUCCGCGAUCGAUGAUCUUAAGGCCUGGAUCGCGAGACAUACGUCCAUUCCGGCGCACCAAGCCGUCGCCUUGACUUCGCAAGGGCGGGCCGUCAAGCUGCAGACUCUUCAUCAAGAGACAGAGAUAUAUGUUUACGACAUCCGGAUAUCUUCACCGACCUCCCCCAGCGGGGCCUCGUCCCCAAAGUCCGAAGUGCCCAUCCCAAAGCGUUACUCUGUUCCAACAGCCCCGAACUACAUCGGCAACAUCCGAGUACUUUCGGAAUGGCAGGCCCUCUACAAGGAGCGCCAGGGCUGGGCUCUCGGUAUCGUUGACGACUCAGCGCGCCUCGCCGCCGAGGUACAAGAGCGAUACGGCGAAAUGGACGUCAUGAUCAAGUGUCUCGAUGCGGCAGUGGCCAAUCUAGAGAUUAGUGUGAAGCAGAUCGAGCCCAAAUACGCCGAGCUCAAGAAAUGGGUGGACCCUGCGCUGGGCGAGUUCGAACAACUCGCUGAAGGCUGGGAGCGUAGCCUGGCAAUCGCGCGCAGCGUGCCCGUAUCGACUGCCAUGGUGCGCUUCAUGACUUCCCGCGAUCUCAAGAAGAAGCAGGCAACACUCGAGGACCUGAUCGAGCUUGACACGGCCAAGAAGUCAGGCAAACUAGCGCAGGCAUCACUGAAGAAGUUCAGCACCAAGACGGCUGACUUGGACAAGACAGCUGACAGGAUGUAUAGCGGGGUUGAGAAGCUCUUUGGCGAGUUCGAUAACCUUGUUGGCCGAUCCGCCCUCGCACGAAGUGAAGAGGCAGCGCAACUGCUCCAGGAUAUUGAGGCAGUGGCCAAGAAGAUUGACACGGAUUACAACACCAUGCUAGAGUAUGCCGACACGCCAGCGAAUGUCCUCCAAGCAUCACGGACGGCAGAAAACCAUACGUCGCGUCUAAUCCCAAGCUUAAAGAAACGCGCCGCGGAAAUGGACGAUAUGUUGCACUAUGCCACGCAGGCGCGCAACGCCAUCGCUGCCGACUCGAUCGACUUUAUGCGGAAUAUCACCGAGAUCACUACAGUACACAGCAGCGUUAAAAACCAGAUUACAGCUCUAAAUCAGGCUGAGGACAUUAUGACAACAUUUGAUUACCUGCGACUCAUCUCUCAGUUGCCGUACAUGUACGCUUCUUUUGCCUCCGAGGCCAUCCGUCGUCGAGAGUGGUCCGACAAGAUCAAGACGGACUCCUCAACCCUAGCCAAUGAGAUGGCGCUGUUUCAGGACGAGGAGUCGAAGAGACGGAGAAAGUGGCACAAGAUGGUUGGCAGCACGUACGGCCGUGACAACUUGGACGCCAACAUCCUUGGCCUGGAAGUCAACUUGCUAGGGGAGGAGGAGGUAUGGCCUAGCAUGGUGAAGCGGGAUUUGGAGGAGUUCCUCGAGCAUCUCCAGCGACAACAGGCCGAGGUUGCGAUUGUUGAAGACGUGACAAAACUGGUGAACGAGUUAAGCAGCCCCACAAAGCAACAGUCGAAGCGGCUAAAGGCGUUCAAGAACGGGAGCAUUCAUGAGGCAGCCCUUGGGCGAAGCGGCUUGAUGAUCCGAGGGGACGAUGACCUGCUGCGAAGUCUCCAGGACGACAAAUCAAAGCUAGAAAACAAGCUCAAGACUGCGGAGAGUCGCGUCCGGAGGUUAGAGGACUUGCUUCACAGGCAGAGCCAAGCGUCCCGUCCAGGCAUUGGUGGUCUCUUUGGCCAUGAUAGGAAUGAUUCUACCAACUCGAUCAAAUCCGCGACACCGAUUGAAGACAAUCGACGCUCGUCUACCGGCUCAGAGGCGCUACUACAGAAGAUACAGCAGCUUGAAAGUGAACUUAAUGCGGAAAAGGAGAAGUCGGCCGCGCUUGAAAAGGACCUCAGUACUAGGACAACGCAGCACGAUGAAGUCAAAACUCAGAUGCACGACGCCAACUCUACCAAGAAAGAGCUUCUCGAGAACAUGGAGGCAUUGCAGAAGGAGUUCGUCGAAGAACGAAAGUCACUGGAGAAUGAAAUCAAGGGGCUUAAGGCACGCAUCGAGGAAACCGAAGACGAUAUUGAGAAUUUUGGCGAAUCCAGGGAGAACGAAAAGGCCACAUACAUUGAACGUAUGCACGAGAUGGAGGCAGAGAUCGAAAGGCUACAAAAGGACCAGAACGACGACGCGCUGAAGACACAGGGACAGGUUGAGUUUCUCCGGAAUGAGGCACGCUUGCAAAGAGAGCAGAAUGAGUCCGUUGAGAGGCAGCUUCAAAUCGCGACUGAGGAGGCGAAGAAGCUGGCGAAGAAUCUGGGCGCCACUCAGGAAACCGCUGACAUGCAGUUGAAAGCCCUUCGCGAUAUCCAUGAUCAACUGUCUCCGGACGACGAUACUACUGAGGAUCUAAAUGACCUCAUUGAGGCAGUCGUCUACAAGGCAAGCGAUGUUUCUGCCAAAUUGAAGACUCUGGAGAACGACAAAUCGAUUCUCAAGACUGAUCUUGAGCAGUGUGAAGAGCACGUGAAGAAUCUGAAAGCUGAGAUGGGUGAGACCAAGGACAAGCUCACUGCCGAAGAAGACCAGUCGAGGUAUCUGAAGGAGAAUUUGGAUGAAGAGAAGGCCAGAGUGGUUGCGCUUGAGCAGGAGGCUGCGGAGACCAGAGAACAGCUUGAUCAGCUCCGUGCCAAAAUCGCCGACGGCGAGACGGGUUCAGAAAGUCUCAGGAAAAAGCUUGACGAAGGCGAAGAGCGGAUCAGCUCAGUCACCGAGGAGCUCGCUUUCAGGCAGUCUCAAGUGGGUAGUCUUGAAGAGGAGUUGCGUCUCUACAAGGAGAAAUUGCAGAAGUCUCAGACGAAGCUCUCGGCAGUUACAGCCCACUUCGAGGCUAGAUCUGAAAAGACCAAGGAUCUUACGCAGCGUCUGUAUACUCAGAACGACCGACUCUGCCGACUCUUGGAGCGCCUAGGCUUUUCGGUUACCCGGCAGGAAUCAACGAUGACCAUCCAGAAAGUGCCAAAAUCUGAGAGAGGAACAAUGAGUCAGAUCCACAAUGCCAAUGACUCGUCCGAUCCCAGUCAGUCUACCAUCCGGCGCUCUGGCAUGCUUACCAGUCGCAGCUUAGCCGAAAGCACCGAUCUAGACCUGUUGUACUGGAUGAAGGGCAGUGACACCGACGCCGAUGCCGAUGCCGAGUCCGAUAAGUACGAAGCCUUCAUGACCAAGCUGGGUAGCUUUGACAUGGACCUGUUUGCCGACACGGUUUACAGGCGUGUCAAGGACAUUGAGCACCUCGCUCGUAAACUUCAGAGAGACGCACGUGCUUAUAGAGAGAAGGCACAUACAUUGCAGAGGGAUUCUCACGAGAAAAUUGCUUUCAAGCAUUUCAAAGAAGGCGACCUCGCGCUGUUCCUUCCUACCAGGAAUCAAACUGCCGGCGCCUGGGCUGCAUUCAACGUCGGCUUCCCUCAUUACUUCCUCCGUGAGACGGACGCCCACCGCCUGCGUUCUCGUGAAUGGCUCGUCGCUCGUAUUACUCGCAUCCAAGAACGCGUCGUGGACCUUUCAAAGAGCCUGCACAAGCAGCUACCAGACACCGACUCCGUUAACGGCGAAGAGGAUGAUAACCCCUUUCAGCUGUCAGAUGGCCUGAGGUGGUACCUGAUCGACGCUUAUGAGGACAAGCCUGGCGCCCCAGCAACCCCAGGGCUCGGCAAGUCUACGAUUGCGGCGAAUAAUGUCGAGGCAAUGGCGGACAUGCACACUCAUGCGCAGGCGAACGGAAAGGAUAAGCAGCGGGCCAACACUAAUAGCAUUGAGGGCGUCAGCAAGGCCCUUAGCAAGAGUCUCGAAAGCCGCCGAAGCAGUUCCAACUCGAAGAAGGCUAUCCCCUUUGCCAUUGGCGCCGGCGGAGCUGCUUUGCUAAAGGGUAACGCGCUAGGCAGUGAGACAAACUCUCUUCGUGCCGUUGCACCGGAUACACCCACAGGCACAAGUCCCCCGCAGGGAGGACUGCUGGGAUCGUCAAACGGACAGGAGCAAGCCGGGCAAGCUUCUACUAGCCCACAGCAGACCGAAGGCCAAGUGGGAAAUGACGAGAGGCCUAGGUCACCCGAGGUACGAAACACGAUCGAUUCCCUCAUCGGACCAUGA